AUGGCAGGAAGACCAGCAUUAUUUAAAACAAUUCUCAUUGGAGAUAGCGGUGUUGGAAAAACAUCACUUAUCAACCGAUACGUCAAUAACCAAUUUUCUGAUGUAUAUAAAGCAACAAUUGGUAGUGAUUUUCUAAUUAAACCUGUUACUGUUAAUGGAGCACAAUACACUCUUCAAAUUUGGGAUACUGCUGGACACGAAAGAUAUAGUUGUGUUGUUACUACAUUCUAUCGAGGUAGUGAUUGUUGUGUUUUGUGUUUUGAUGUUACGAAUCGAGAGUCAUUCAAUCAUUUAGAAAAGUGGAAGAAUGAGUUUAUUGACGGAGCAAACGCAACCAAUCCCGCUUCAAUCCCAAUUUAUGUAGUUGGAAAUAAAAUUGAUUGUGAACCAAAUAAAAGAGAAGUAAGCCAAGAACAAGCAAGAGAAUGGUGUAAAUUAAAUGGACAUAAAUAUUUUGAAACUUCAGCAAUGAGUGCUGAAAAUGUGACAGAUUUAUUUACAACUUUAGCUGAAGAUGUCGUUUCAAGACGUGAAGAUGAAGAAGAGCCAGAAAAACCUGCUCCAAUAAUUAUUCAAAAACAAAGCGAAGAGAAGAAAGAAGGAGGAUGUUGCUAA